CAUCGCAGAGUGACACCAAAUCCUCCGUCCCCUCCACGCACCCGACUUCAACUGCACACGCUCCUCGAUCUCUCAUGGCGACGGUGGCUGCGAGUCGGCCCAGUGGGCCAGUGCUGUCGCCACCCAACUGCCGCUCCGCCUCACCCACCCCUGUCACCGCCGGCGACGCCACCCACUCGCCGGGCAAGUCCGUCAGCGGCUCGUCCCCGUCCUCCACCAGGAGCCGGCGCUUCUGCACGUGCUCCCCGACGAACCACCCGGGCUCGUUCCGGUGCAGCCUCCACAAAGCGCGCAACCAGGCAGCCGCCGCCGGCAGCAGCAAGCCCACCUCCCCGCCGUCCAUCCGCCGUCUGGGCCCGAAGCGAAUGAACAGCCGGCAGUGCGCCAGCAGGGCCCUCGCGCCGUCCGCCGCGGCGCAGCAGUCGCAGCACCUGAGGCGCGCGGGCGGGUUAAUCCCCAGGACGAGCAGGCUCUCCACCAUGUCCACGGCCGGCGAGCGUCCCGGCGACAAGCUGUACUUUAUCAGUUUGGUCGUGGAAGUUAGCGUAGAUUUUCUUGUUUGGUUGUGGAACCUCGCGCGGGGAAUUUAAAUCCCACGAUUCCGACCAGAUUUGUGUAGUUUUCUCUUUCUUUUAUGGUUGUGAUGAAAGGGAUACUUUAUCAGUUAUCUUUCCUCGCCGGAAAU